AUGAAGGAGUUUCUUUUACUAAUGAGUCUGUAUCUGCUUGGAUCUGCCAGAGGAGCAUCGGGUCAACCUGAUGAGCUUCUUGGCUCUAUGGAUCAUCAAGCUUCAGUUCAGCAACUUUCAGAUGACUACUUCUCACUUGCAAACCCUUCAGAGGGUGAGGCUUUAUACGAGACUUCUUCAGGCGAGAACACUUUGAGUGAGCACGGUUCAGGUGUGCACGCUGCAGCUGAACACACACCAAGUGAGCACAGUUCAGGUGAGCAAGCUGCAGAUGAAUAUGCUUCAGGUGUGCACGCUGCAGCUGAACACGCACCAAGUGAGCACACUGCAGGUGGGCACGCUGCAGGUGAACAGCUUUCUAGUGAGCAGCCUUUGGGUGAAAAGCCUUCCGGUGAACAGCCUGCAGGUGAACAGCCUGCUGGAGAACAGCCUGUAGGAGAACAGCCUGCAGGAGAACAGCCUGCAGGUGAACAGGUUGCAAGUGAGAAGACUGCAGGUGAACAGCCUGCAGGUGAACAGGUCUCAGCCGAACAAGUCUCAAGUGAAAAAUCACCAGGCGAAGAGCCAUCAGGUGAACAGCCUUCAGGCAUCCCUCCUUCAAGCACAUUUUCAGGCCCAGUAUUAAAUUGCCACACAUGCUAUUAUAUGAAUGACCAAGGAAAAUGUCUUCGUGGAGAGGGAGUCUGUACCACUCAGAAUUCCCAGCAGUGCAUGUUAAAGAAGAUCUUUGAAGGUGGAAAACUUCAAUUCAUGGUCCAAGGGUGUGAGAACAUGUGCCCAUCCAUGAACCUCUUCUCCCAUGGAACCAGGAUGCAAAUUAUAUGCUGUCGGAAUCAAUCUUUCUGCAACAAGGUCUAG